AUGGCUGCCUCGGUUCUUCACGCGGCGGGCCCCCCGCUAACUCCAGGAAUGGACUUCGGAAAACUCACAUACAGCGAUCCCAAGGAACAAGAAUUCGACACACUUGCCUCGAAAGUCCUUGAGACCAUCAAAGGCAGAUUUUCGGCUUUGGGCGAGGCCGAUACAUUGGCGGAACUCAUCGUGACUGACAAGAUGCCCCGUGGCGAGCUCACGAAAACCAUCUACAUUGAUGCUCGGCCAACCGGCACUCGUCUGCUUGAGCUCCCACCUCCCGGAAAGAGCGUAGACGUGACAGUUUCUCUGCGUCCGGAUAUGUUUUUCGGCUUGGCCAACGGCAACCUAGACGUGAACAUGCUUGCCCGUAUUGGCUUCAACGUGCAGGGCGCCAACCCCUCCAAGUCACACGAUCUCUUGGACCGCAUAUCUCCACGGCCGUCCAAAGUCAUGACUCUGAAGGAUUACACCUUCUCUGAGGACGCGCUCCCUAAACCGACGACUGACAUCGUGGAGGUCAAGCGCAAUAUCAAGCAAUUCGGAUACGGCCUGGUCAAGGACGCCUUAGAGCCGGAGCAGGUUCGAAUUUUGAGACGGGCCAUUCUUGAACAAGCUGCCGGGGAGCGGAAGGCCGGCGUAGCUGACAUCGAAGGCGGAACCAAUCAACGGCUGUGGAAUGUUGUCAACAAGGGGGCUGAGUUUCUAGAUCUCUUGAACCACCCACUGUUUGACGAAUUGCUCGCCUGGUUUUUGGGAGAUUACUCGUACCUGUCUCAGGCUUCAGUCAAUAUCUUGGGACCCAACAACGUGCCGAUGCCCUUUCACCGCGACCAGCUUCCUAUAAAUCCUUUCACGGACGAUCCAGUUGGACUUAGUUUCAUGUUUUACAUGGAGGACUCCAGCAAGAUGAACGGAGUCACGCAUGUAAUUCCGGCUUCUCACAUCGGUCAUGUACGCCCACGCAAUCCAAACAGUUUUGAUGGAUCCAUCCCAGUAUCUGCCCCGGCCGGCACUUGCCUAGUCUUCAAUACUACGGUUUGGCAUUCAACUGGCGUCAAUACCACAAACGCCGAAAGACCCGCUCUCAUCUACGCCUUCAACAGGUACUUCAUGGGUUCGGUUAUUAACCCGUACUUGAGCUUGCGAGGAGAUAUCUUAGGCAAAUUGACUUUGCGGCAAAAGCAAUUGCUUGGUUUUGUUGUGCGUCCGGCAUUCAACUGGGUUGGCAAAGCAAGAUCGGCGGGCGAGGCUGUGGAGCAGACUGAGGACGUUGGUGAGAUGAGGGCAGAGUACGAACCGAUUGGUGGUAAGGCUACUGGUAUAGCCAGUAUCUCGGAGAGAUAG